CGACUUACACAACACAUACAAGUUGAAAAUAAAAUUAUUUCAAAAUGGCGAACGGAACACCAGGAACCCCGGUCGCUGAUACUGAAAACAACAAAACUAAACGCCCCAAAGAUACUAAACUCAAACAGCAAAGACUUCCUGCCUGGCAGCCUAUAUUGACUGCUGGUACUGUCCUCCCUGCAUUUUUUGCUAUAGGUAUAGCCUUCAUACCACUUGGUGUUGUUCUUCUAGUCACAUCUAAUGGGAUAAAAGAAGUGCGGAAUGACUACACACAGUGUGAGAAAGCAGAUACACCGGGCCUAACAUGUGUGAAAUAUUUAGAAUCACUAAAUGUGACCGGUCAUACAUGUGACUGCAAAAUCAACAUCACUCUGUCAGAGGACUUCACAGGAACAGUGUAUAUGUACUAUGGUUUGACCAACUUUUACCAAAAUCACCGUCGGUACGUGCGAUCCAGAGACGAUGGUCAGCUACAUGGAUACAAAAAGGAUGCAAGCAGUUUGUACGACGACUGUGCCCCUUACAAGCUGAAAAAUAUUGACGCAACAACGAAACUUCCAAUUGCUCCAUGUGGUGCUAUUGCCAACAGUCUUUUCAAUGAUACAUUUUCUGUGAAGUACAUAGACACCCAGCAGAACCUUACUCUCAUACGGACAGGCAUUGCAUGGCCAUCUGAUAAAUCUGUGAAGUUUGGGAACCCAAGUUCAAUCAAUGGAAGUGAUGCAUGGGAUGGCUUCACAAAUCCGAUCAACUGGAACAACAAGACUGCAAUGGACCUUGACCCUGCUGACCCCAAGAACAAUGGGUACGUUAACGAGGAUCUGAUUGUGUGGAUGAGGACUGCAGCCCUCCCCACAUUCCGCAAGCUGCACCGACGUAUCGAUCAUACAGGGACAUUCAAAGAUGGUCUGCCCAAAGGCACAUAUGAAGUAUCCAUCAGCUAUGCGUAUCCAGUGACUGCCUUUGACGGCACCAAGAGCGUCAUCCUGACAACCACCUCGUGGCUGGGCGGCAAGAACCCGUUCCUAGGCAUUGCGUACCUAGUGGUGGGCUCCAUCUGUAUCCUGCUAGGCGUCAUCUUCCUGGUCAUACACCUCAAGUGGGGACGCAAUCCCAACAGAUUUUCCCUGUCCAGGGAAUAUAUACGACUAAGCGGUAACCAUAUGAAUAAAACAUUUCCUACUGUUAUAAAAAAUUGAAGAAACGAUCAAUGUGACUAACAGAACACCAUUCCAAAAUUGAUGACAUUUAGAGCACAUCAAUGUGCAAUCAAACGCACAGUGAUAAAGUUGGAGAGAUUCACAAGAGGCCCUGUUUGUCAUGUAAUAUCUGAUGUUAAACUUGAAUCUGUUGGACUAGUAUGAUAAUAUGUGUUAGAUGAACAUUCUUUCAUUUGUGACUAUUUAUGUGGAAAGUCUUGUGAAUAUUUAUGUGGAAAGUCAUCAUUUCCUGUAAAAUUGAUUCAACUUGUUAUGUUUUCAGUUACAUUUUGAAAUAUGUUAUCAUGUGAUUUCUCAGAUAAAUGGCAUUUAACAUCUUUUAUAAGGAGGAAAAUUUGCAGUGUUGGAGUCUAUGUAAUUUUGUUUUCAUCAUUCAAUCUGUUUUACAGGUUUUAAUGUUAAUCUUUCACCAUUUUCAUGUAGGUAAUCUUCUUUUGUUUUUAUGGCCCCCAAAUGGGGGGCACGCGGUGUUUGCAUACAGUGUUUGCUUACAGUGAUUGUUCCAAUGAUGAACAGUGCUUUUAUUUUUCUGAAUCUGUGACAAAAAUGCGAAAUAUUAUCAUUUAAUAAUCUAUGAACAGGUUUAAAAGGACUCAAGUAAAACUUCAUAAAGUGAUAGAAGACUCACAAAAAUGUGAGCCUGUGUAUUUUAUAUUAUGGAGUAUUUUUUUCCUAUUUUGAUUUUCUUUUGCAAAGCAUAACUAUAAGUAUAAAUCUUAUAUAUCAAUUGAGUACAAUCAUAUCUCUAUUUUUUAUCACACAUUUUUUUAGUUAAAUAUCUUUCAUUUUGGUCAAAAUGAUACUUCAAUGGAAGUCACAGUGAGAGUACUAUUUUUAGGGAGGCUGUUUUCGGAGAAAACCCGAUGUAUUGUCAUAGCCUGCUCGUCGUCCGCCGUCCGGUGUCGUGCUUAAACCUUUACAUUGGCUCUAAAAUCAAAGUGCUUCCACCUACAACUUUGAAACUUCAAAUUUAGAUGCACCUUGAUGAGUUCUACACGCCACACCCAUUUUGGGUCACUAGGUCAAAGGUCAAGGUCACUGUGACCUCUAAAAAAAGGAAAAAACUUCUGACAAGCUUUCGCAGCCGAGCGUGGCACCCGUAUGCGGUGGUCUUGUUUAUAUAAUGUAAUAUGAUCUUGUGAGUAGUUUAAGACUGUGUUUGUAAUUCAGACUUGUGUACUAUUCAGUGUAGCUCUUGUUGCACCAUAUUAGAAUUUGUUUUAUAAAUAUUGUAAUUCAUUGUAAAUGUUGUGAUCACCCGGUAAACUUUUAAUUCGACUUUAAAUGUGUUUUUAUGUGUUUGGGUAUGAUAAUAAGAAAAAAAAAAGCAAAACAUAAAUAAAGAAAAUGUAGCAAUAACUUCUUCAAUGGCAAAAAAAGAUCUGUAUGAAUGUUGUUAUUGCCUUGGUGUGGACAACACUUUUUUUGGUACAUUUUGUAUUUAUAAAAAGCAAUCAUUUUCACUGAUGUACCAAUAAAUCUGAGAGGGAUUAAUUCACAUUUGAUUGUCCUUGAUUUUAGUCAAACCAAUUUAAACAAAUGUACAACUAUACCAAAUAACUGAUAUUUCAUUUGGUUAAAUGUGAUGAUAAAACAGUUCCCUUUAGAUUAAAACAAAAUGUAAAAUCAUUUUCAUAAAUUUUAAUAUGAUUACAAUCAUUCAGAAUAGAAAUAUUCAAGUUCCCUUAAUUGUAAGUAUCUUUUUUACACUGUUUUGGACUUUCUGUAUUUUCUUUUGUUUUAAAUAAUGAAAUGCACAUUUUAUUAAUCUGCUCUGUGUUCAUGCGUUCUCGUGUUUUCUAUUUUCUUCAUUCAUUGUCAUUACAAAUCAAACUUAAAAAGUAAGUAAUGUUUAAUAUAAGGUUUUGCGUUAGUGAGUAAAAUUUGAAGUCCAGGAAUGCAUGAAUGCUGACUAUUGCAUAUUGCUGACAUUUUUUUUUCAAAGUGUAUUUUUCAUCCUGAUACUAUCACACUGUUUCCUACUACUUCUUUGCAAAUUAAUUGUUAGUUUAAUGAUAUAAUGCAUCGUCAGUAAUUGUACAUAUACUGUUUAUACAUGAGGAUGAUAUUUAAGAUUCAAAAAGCAAGAAAGGCCUUAGAAGCAAAAUGUUUAUGUGCACCCAAGGAAGUGAAACUUUUGGAAAUCGAUCCUGAUGUUUAAAAUAAUCUUUUUAUUUAUACUUCUUAAGAAAUGUGCAUGUUUAAGGAUAAAUAUAAAUGUUUAUCUAUAACAUCUUUCCUUAAAAAAAAUAUGUCAUGUGUUUCAUGUAACAUUUACAAAAAACUGAGGUCAGAAAGUAUUGAUUGUUUGUGAAUUUCCAAACACAUUUUCCAGCAAUAUCUAUUUACUCAGGCUUAAAAACAUUAAUUAAUACUUGUACUAGAUAACAUAUUGUUUGUUGUAAUUGUUUCGUGAAUAAGAGUCAUUAAAUGUCUACAAUUA